CUAAAAAUAAUGCUUUAAGCUUUGGUUUUCGUGAUUUGGGGUUCUUUCCUUUGUUGCUUUUGUUUGAAGUUUGAAAGAAAAACAGGGAAUCGGAUUGUUUGCUAUAUAAAGAAAAGCUUUAGCCUUUUGGAAUUGUUUUUACUUCUUUGGUUCUUUGGACCUGUCCAAAUUUAUGACCUUGGGGUGAUUCAGAUUGGAAUGUGAAAUGCUUUAAGCUUUGGAGUGUCAUCAAAUUUAUGUCUUCUUUGCUUUGCACUAAUGCAUUGGAAAACCGCAUGCAAUGUGCUGGGAACUCUAAAGAUCUAAAGGUGCUUCCUUUGAAUGGCUUCUUCUGGUUUAAGGUUUUGAGAGAAUUGAAGAUUGGAAUUACAGGGUUGUAGCUCAAGUGAACUGUGUUUAUUUGAAUUAGAUGAUUUAAAGUAUUCCAAAAUAGCGUAAAUCGAGUGAAUGAGAGGGUAGCCAGUUCACUUGGAUGCAAUGUUGAAAGCAUUAGCUCUAGGGCUGUUGAUCUCUUGGCUGUUGGUUUCAGUAUCAUGUGCCGAUAAGGGCCUUUCGAGGUGUAAUUGUGACGAUGAGGGGGGAUUUUGGAGCAUUGGGAGCAUAUUAGAGACGCAAAGAGCUAGUGAUUUCUUGAUUGCCGUUGCAUACUUUUCUAUCCCUAUUGAGUUGCUUUACUUUGUUAGCUGCUCUAAUGUGCCGUUCAAAUGGGUGCUGUUUCAGUUCAUCGCUUUCAUCGUGCUAUGUGGAUUGACCCAUUUGCUCCAUGGAUGGAGCUAUGGCCCUCAUUCGUUUCAACUGAUGUUGGCUCUCACCGUGUUCAAGAUUCUCACUGCGUUAGUCUCGUGUGCCACUGCUCUUUCGCUUCUCACACUCUUUCCGCUGCUCCUCAAAGUCAAGGUGAGAGAAUUGUUGCUGAAGAAAAAGGCUUGGGACCUUGGUAAGGAAGUCGGUAUUAUAAUGAAACAGAGGGAAACUGGUUUGCACGUCCGCAUGCUUACUCAAGAGAUUCGUAAAUUGUUGGAUAGGCAUAACAUUUUGUACACAACAAUGGUAGAGUUGUCCAAGACAUUAGGUUUGCAAAACUGUGCCGUUUGGAUGCCCAACGAGAUCAAGACGGAGAUGAAUCUGACUCAUGGUCUCACAGGAAGGAAUUUUUCGUAUAAUUUUACCAUUCCCAUCACUGAUCCGGAUGUUGCGUGGAUUAAAAGAACUGAAGGAGUGCAUAUCCUCAAGCUAGACUCAGCGCUUGCUACUUUAACAUAUGGAGAGUUUGAGCCAGGACCGGUGGCUGCAAUCCGGUUGCCAAUGCUUCGUAUAUGCAAUUUUAAAGGGGGAACUCCUGAGCAAGUUCAGACAUAUUAUUCGAUACUGGUAUGUGUUCUUCCAAGUGAACAACAAAGGUCAUGGAGCAACCAGGAAUUGGAGAUAUUUAAGGUGGUUGCUGAUCAGGUGGCUGUUGCAAUUUCUCAUGCCGCAGUUCUCGAAGAGUCCCAACUCAUGAGGGAGAAACUUGCAGAGCAAAAUCGAGCUUUACAGCUUUCGAGGGAGAAUGCUAUGAGGGCAAGCCAAGCUAGAAGUGCGUUUCAGAAGGCGAUGAGUGAUGGAAUGAGGAGGCCUAUGCACUCGAUCUUAGGCUUGCUUUCGAUGAUGCGAGAUGGAAAUUUGAAUAAUGAUCAAAGGAAUAUUGUCGAUUCAAUGAUGAAGACCAGCAAUGUACUGUCGACCUUGAUAAACGAUGCAAUGGAUAUUUCAACAACAGAUGGUGGAAGAUCACCACUGGAGAAGAGGUCUUUUCGCUUGCAUUCUAUGAUAAAAGAAGCAGCUUGCCUUGCCAAGUGCUUGAGUGUUUAUCAGGGUUUCGGUUUCUCAAUUGAGGUUGACAAGUCCUUGCCUGAUAUUGUUUUUGGUGAUGAGCGAAGAAUUUUUCAGGUGAUACUGCAUAUGGUCGGGAGCGUAUUGGAUAGCAAUACUGGAGGGGGAACUGUAAUAUUUUGGGUGUUUGCAGAGAAUGGUAGUCAGGAAUGGAAUGAUCAGAGACGAGCAGCCUGGAGGCACUACCCUUCUGAUGCAGAUAUACUUAUUAGGCUCGAAAUAAAGAUUUCCAAAAAAAUCUCUCAAUCUGAAGGCUGCUCCAUGUGGGAGGUGCCAAGCAGUAAAAGCAGAUACUACAGCCAUGGAGCUGAGGAACGCUUGAACUCCGGUGUUUGCCAAAAGCUAGUGCAGGUAAGAAUACUGAUGCAUGGGAAAAUCUGGGUAGUCGAAGAUCCUUUAGGUUCUACUCAAAGCAUGGCACUUGUUAUCUGGUUUCAAAUCCGACCACCUAUCAGUACAAUCACCAAGUCCGGAGAAUCCUCAGACCAGCCACGCUCCAACUCUGUUUUCAGGGGAUUGCAUGUUUUACUUGCUGAUGACGAUACUGUGAAUCGUGCUGUGACUGGAAAGCUUCUUGAGAAGUUGGGAUGCAUUGUUUCUGUUGCGUCAUCCGGAUUCGAGUGCUUGAGUGCUAUUGGGUCAACCACAUGCCCAUUACAGAUUAUCAUUUUGGAGCUUCAAAUGCCCGAGUUGGAUGGAUUUGAAGUUGCAACGAAAAUCCGUAAGUUCCAUAGUCGGAGUUGGCCGUUGAUCGUUGCCAUGACAGCUAGUAUGGAUCAAGAAAUUUGGGGAAAAUGUUCACAAACCGAGAUGAACGGAGUUAUUCAAAAGCCAGUGCUAUUACAUGAGAUUGCAGCGGAGCUUCGAAAAGUCCUAAUUCAGGCUAACAGAGUCGGAUGACAACAACAUUGCCGGCUCCUUCAACACAACCACCGUGCUUCCUGCAAUGUUGCACUCAACACAAUACUCCUAUAAACAUAGAUUACAUGCACAGUGCAAAGCUAAAGUCGCUUCUGCAGUACAGCUAGUAGAGCAAUCUCGAUUCGAGGAGGAAUCGAGAGCUAGCUCUCUAAUAUAGAUGCAACUAGGAAAAUUGUAAAGGCUGUUCUUUGCCUCUGAAAGUAUAGUUGUAUGAACAGAUUGCGUUAAGCUUUAAAUGAUCGUUUAUACAUUGCAUGUGCAAUACAUCGGUUUUCGACUA